AUGUUAAGAUCUUUGAAAAGUAUAGAUUUGAAACAUGGAGGGACAACACAAAAGGACGAUUGUACUCACGUAUGGGAUAUUUCAACAUCCGAAAGAUGUGAUUGGGUAAAACGCACGCAUGAUUGCGAAACAGACUCCGUUAUACAAUACGCUCACAUUCUGUUCUGUAUAUUCAAUUCUGGAAACCCAGCUUUAUUUGCAUUGGGACUGGUUCUACUUUCAAUGUGGCUAAUGUAUUUGUUUUUCAUCCUGGGAACAACUGCGGACAAUUUCUUUUGUCCAUCUCUUUCCGCCAUUGCCACAGUCUUACGUCUAUCUGCUAAUGUAGCUGGUGUUACGAUAUUAGCCUUUGGAAAUGGAGCACCUGACAUAUUUACAUCGUUGGUAUCCGAUGAAGACGAAGCAAUGAUAAUGUUCACAGAGUUAAUCGGUGCUGGUAUUUUCGUGACAACACUCAUUGCUGGGACGAUAGCCGUUGUAUCUCCUUUUCAAGUUUCUGCCCAACCGUUCAUAAGAGACGCAUGUUUUUACGUUGUCGCUGUCUGUUGGAUAACGUACGUUAUCAAAGAUGAGACAGUCUACGUCUGGGAAGCUGCAAGUUUCGUUGCCUAUUACAUCUUUUUUAUCAUCAUAGUGAUCACCAUGCAGGUGCAUGAUCGCAGAGAAGAAAAACAAAAAGGAAGAAUUCCGAAUGCACGGAAUGCGACCGUCUUUCAAAUUUUCUUAGCAAAUCGCAAUACCGACAUCCUACCUCAACUGUCGCAGCGUGCACGAGCGUUUAGUGUUCGGACUAAAUUGGAUACUGCGAUUGCUGCGGAGGUUGCAAAUGCCGAACUACGCGGGGAAUCUGUGAAUACAAAACAGACCCUACCAGAAAUACCAGAUAUUGCAUUCUCAAGACCUACUGACUGCUUCGAAGAGUUCAUUUAUGAUAUUAACCCAAUCAAUAAAUACGACUGGGACAAUGCUACGCGUUUUAUGAAAAUAGUGCUCAUUAUUCGUGCCCCAUUUAUGUUCGUUCUUCAGUUAUUAAUCCCAGUCGUAGACGAAACAGUUGUGAAGAGAGGAUGGUCCAAACUAUUGAAUUGUUUGCAAAUUUGUAUAGCACCGGCAGCAGCACUUUUUGCAUUAAAUGUCUGGAGAUUGAGUAUUGGACCCGUACCCGUAUUUCCAAUAAUAUUUCUUAUAGGUCUAGCAGUUGGUAUAUGUGUUUUUACAUCUACUUCUCUAGAUCAUCCUCCCAAGUUUCACAAUAUCUUCGCAUUUUUUGGUUUCUUUGUUGCGAUGACAAUCGUAUACCUGGUGGCUCAAGAAGUAAUGGGCGUUUUAAAGUGUGUUGGUUUUGCGAGUGGCAUUUCUGACGCUAUGUUAGGUAUCACGCUUCUUGCAUGGGGCAACAGUAUAGGUGAUCUGAUCGCAAAUAUCACGAUUGCUAGACAAGGUUUUCCUCGCAUGGGUUACUCCGCUUGUAUCGGCGGACCAAUGUUCAACACAUUGCUAGGACUUGGAUUGACCUACGGUUACAGAGCAGUUGGAGAACCUGAUUACAAAACGAAAGUUAGAACAAGUGACAUGGCACCCGGUUGUCUCGCUUUUCUGCUUUGCUCGCUGGUAUCGUCAUUGACGUAUCUUCAUUUAACGGGUUUUUCUGCUCGACGAUCUUACGGAUACCUUCUUUACACCGUAUACGCAACUUUCUUAUUGAUAAGUAUUUUAAGCGAAAUACAUGUCAUUCAUCCACUUGGAACUGACCACCGUGAAGAUAGUCACGAACAUAAUAGAACGGAAACUGUAAAUAAUUAA